CGUCCUGGCAGCACAGACGGAGGCCUGGGAGCCGACCAUGCCCCUGAACCAGCUGCACAGCUGGCUGAAAGCUGGGCUCCUUGGGCUCCUGCUUCUCCUCCUCCGUGUGCAGGCAGGUCAAGACUCCUUAGAGGCCAGCCCUAUCAGAAAAACAUACACAGGCCAGGUUCGAGGAAGCCUCCUUAAUGUGAAGGACACUAAAGUUGGUGUCCACACCUUCCUGGGAAUUCCCUUUGCCAAGCCUCCUGUAGGACCACUGCGCUUUGCACCUCCUGAGGCCCCUAAACCAUGGAGUGGUGUGAGAGAUGGGACCUCACAUUCAGCCAUUUGUCUGCAAAAUGUUAUGAUGAAUGUGGAGGGACUGAAGGAGAUGACUCUAACCCUCCCUCCCCUCUCUAUGUCUGAGGACUGCCUGUACCUCAACAUCUAUGCACCAGCUCAUGCCCAUGAGGGCUCUAACCUGCCUGUGAUGGUGUGGAUCCAUGGUGGUGCUCUGGUUAUGGGCAUGGCUUCCAUGUAUGAUGGAUCCACACUGGCAGCCGUUGAGGAUGUGGUGGUGGUCACUAUCCAGUACCGUCUGGGUGUCCCGGGCUUCUUCAGCACUGGGGACCAGCACGCCAAAGGCAACUGGGGCUUCUUAGACCAAGUGGCCGCCCUACGCUGGGUCCAGCAGAACAUCGCCCACUUUGGAGGCAACCCUGACAGGGUCACUAUUUUUGGCGAGUCAGCAGGUGGUGUCAGUGUGUCCUCACAUGUUGUGUCCCCCAUGUCCCAAGGACUCUUCCACGGUGCCAUCAUGGAGAGUGGGGUGGCUUUGUUGCCUGGUAUGGUAUCCAGCUCCUCUGAGGACGUUUACCAAAUGGUGGCCAGCCUAUCUGGAUGUGAGGCCAUGGACUCAGAGGGCCUGGUGCGCUGUCUGAGAGGCAAGAGUGAAGCAGAGAUUCUGGUCAUUAACAAGGACUUGAUAAUGAUCCCUGCUGUGGUGGAUGGGGAGUUCCUACCUAGGCAUCCCCAAGAGUUGUUGGCUUCUGUGGAUUUUCACCCUGUCCCCAGCAUCGUUGGUUUCAACAAUGAUGAGUAUGGUUGGAUCAUCCCCAAGGUCAUAGGCUCUGUUCAGACAAUAAAGGAAAUGACCAGAGAGAACCUGCAGGCUGUUCUGAAGAAUACAGCAGCACAAAUGAUGCUGCCUCCUGAGUGCAGUGACCUGCUGAUGGAAGAGUACAUGGGAGACACUGAAGAUCCCCAAGCUCUACAAAUACAGUUCACAGAGAUGAUGGGAGACUUCAUGUUUGUGAUCCCUGCACUCCAAGUAGCACAUUUUCAGCGCUCUCAUGCCCCCGUCUACUUUUAUGAGUUCCAACAUCAAUCCAGUUUCCUAAAGAAUAUCAGGCCACCCCACGUGAAGGCUGACCACGGGGAUGAGGUUCCUUUUGUCUUUGGGUCCUUCUUCUGGGGCAUGAAAUUUAACAUAACCAAGGAGGAGGAGCUGCUGAACAGGAGGAUGAUGAAGUACUGGGCCAACUUUGCAAGACAUGGGAACCCCAACAGCGAGGGUCUACCCUACUGGCCUGUGUUUGACCAUGAGGAGCAGUACCUACAACUGGACAUCCAACCUGCUGUGGGCCAAGCCCUGAAGACUGGAAGGCUAAAGUUCUGGACCAAGACUCUGCCCCAGAAGAUCCAGGAGCUAAAGAGAUCUCAGACCAUGCACAAAGAGCUUUAGUGCCCUGUGUGAGGAAUGGUGUGUGGGAAAGAGUCUGCUUCAGGCUCCCAAAUCAUAUUGAGGAGCCUGGGUUGAUUCUAACAUUCACAUACCCUCUGCACUUUUCUGUUCUUCUACAUUUAUCACAAAUCCUCUGCAUGUGACUCCUCUCCUGCUGAAUCAUCUUUUGUUAGACCACUUGGUAAGUGUUCCCAUAGCAGUGUGGAUUUGUGAGCCCCUAAGUGGCCCAACCCAUUUCACAAUCAAUUGGGACUAGGACCUUUCCUUUUUUUUCCUCACCUCAUCUCUCAUUCUCACUGUCCUCUUCUCUAUGACCAAAACUCUCUUUAACUAAAGCAGAAGCUUUGGAGAACAUUGAUAUGGGUUCUUUAGAGAACCUAUUUGACAUGGGUAGACUGUGUAAAAAUCACAUGCCCUUUCUCAUCAAGUUCAUACUUUUGGAGACCAUUAAUUCCAAGAUUAAGAUAUUGCUCUCUGACUCAAAGAUGAUACCUUGUGUUUUCACUGAGUACAUGGGAUAAUUAAAAGUUCUCAUGACCCAGGCCUCCAAUAUGUCUCACUCUUAGUAUCAUCACACUGGAGCUUAACGUUCAAUACAGAAGUAUGAUUCAUAGAUAUUUUCAAAACAUAGCACAUAGAGGUUCCUAAGUUAGUCAUUUGAAAACAUCUGAAAGUGUCUCUGUCUACUAUGUUUAUAAAUUAAAUUUUACUAACAAUUUAUUUUAAGAUAAUCUGUCCAUUUUCCAUUAUUGAUUUCUUUUCCCCCUUCCCAUAAUCCAUCCCCAUUCAUUUAUUUCUGUCCCAAAGUAGUCAGUGCCACAAUUUUAUAUGAGAAGUAGUUUUAAGUAUCUAUGAUCCCCCCAAGCCUAGGAUAGUUUGUGUAUGUGUGUGUGUGUGUAUCUGUAUGUGUAUCUAUGUGUGUCCAGAAGAACUAGGUUGGAACUUUGUAUCUGCUGAGGUUUGUCCCUACUUCCAAGGGUCUGUGUGCAUGAUAAAGCCCAUAUGUGCACGAGCACAGCCCAUCUGUGUGGAUGUUUGACUAUACGGUGAGUCCUAGUAGCAGGGUGAGGGGUCAGAAGGUCCAUACAUGUACAGUAGAGAUUGUUGUCCCCUACCUGCAUGUGUGCUUGUUCAAGUAUAUGGCUGUCCUCCUGACUUCCCCAGUUCCGCUGCAACCUCCUGGCCCCUGUGAUAACCCCCCUUGCCUUGAUUGUCCGUAUACAUGACUUUCAUUUUUACAUGUUUACUGUGACUAGACAUUUUUGGUCUUUCUCAUAAAUACCAUAUCUUUUAUUUUAUAUCAUUAUUAAAAGUUGUCAAAUUGUUCUCAAGCUACCUGAA